CCUCCACUCAGCGGAGCAACAAAGGCGUAGUGAAAAGUGAAACUUUGUCCUGAAAUCAGAGGAGAAAUUUAAAGAUACACAUUUCGGCGUGGGAGUGACGGUCUUUAUUUUGAGUAAAGUUUCGUCCGAUGGGAAGAAGUUUUGGUGUUUGCAGAUUUUAAUUUCAUCACUGUAGCUUCUGGCAUCAGAGAGAAGACAGUCAGAGAGAGCGCGAGAGAGAAAAAAGAAGAUUGACAAAAUGCCGAAAACCAUCAGUGUACGUGUGACUACGAUGGAUGCGGAACUGGAGUUCGCCAUCCAACCAAACACCACAGGGAAGCAGCUCUUUGACCAGGUGGUGAAAACAAUUGGCCUGAGAGAGGUGUGGUUUUUUGGGCUUCAGUAUCAGGACACCAAAGGCUUCUCCACUUGGCUUAAACUCAACAAAAAGGUGACAGCACAGGACGUUCGUAAAGAGAGUCCGUUACUCUUCAAAUUUCGCGCAAAGUUCUACCCUGAGGAUGUGUCUGAGGAGCUGAUUCAGGACGCAACGCAGAAACUCUUCUUCCUGCAGGUGAAGGAGGGAAUACUGAAUGAUGAUAUCUACUGUCCUCCUGAGACUGCAGUGCUGCUGGCCUCUUAUGCUGUUCAGGCCAAAUAUGCAGACUACAACAAAGACGUCCACACACCUGGUUAUCUGUCCAACGAGAAACUGCUGCCUCAGAGAGUCCUGGAACAGCACAAACUGAAUAAGGAACAGUGGGAGGAAAGGAUUCAGGUUUGGCAUGAGGAACAUAAAGGCAUGCUCAGAGAGGACUCUAUGAUGGAGUAUCUGAAGAUUGCUCAGGACCUGGAGAUGUAUGGUGUCAACUAUUUUAACAUUAAGAAUAAGAAAGGCACAGAGCUCUGGCUGGGAGUGGACGCCCUGGGACUGAACAUCUACGAACAAAAUGACAAGAUGACACCUAAAAUUGGUUUCCCCUGGAGUGAAAUCCGCAACAUCUCCUUCAACGACAAGAAGUUUGUCAUCAAACCCAUAGACAAGAAAGCCCCUGACUUUGUGUUCUACGCACCGAGGCUACGCAUUAAUAAACGGAUCCUGGCCUUGUGUAUGGGGAACCAUGAGCUGUACAUGCGACGCAGGAAGCCUGACACCAUCGAGGUGCAGCAGAUGAAGGCCCAGGCCAGAGAGGAGAAAAACCAUAAGAAAAUGGAAAGGGCCAUGCUGGAGAAUGAGAAGAAGAAGCGAGAGCUUGCAGAAAAAGAGAAAGAGAAGAUUGAGAAGGAAAAAGAAGAGCUGAUGGAAAGACUGAGACAGAUUGAGGAACAGACGAAAAAGGCUCAGCAAGAGUUGGAGGAACAGACCCAAAGGGCUAUGGAGUUGGAGCAGGAGCGUAAGCGAGCUCAGGAGGAGGCGGAGCGUCUGGAGAAGGAGAAGAGGGAGGCAGAGGAGGCCAAAGCUGCUCUGCUCCAGCAGUCAGAGAAUCAGAUGAAGAACCAAGAGCAUCUGGCCACUGAGCUGGCUGAACUGACCUCGAAGAUCUCUUUACUGGAAGACGCCAAAAAGAAAAAAGAAGACGAGGCCACUGAAUGGCAACAUAAGGCUGCCACAGUUCAGGAGGACUUGGAAAAGACUAAGGAAGAGCUACGUAACAAGGUGAUGGCAGCUCACGUGCAGGAGCCGGUCCACGCUGAGAACGAACAUGAUGAAAACGAUGAGAGCAGCGCUGAGGCCAGUGCAGAGCUGACGGCUGCUGCUUCCUACAAGGACCGCAGUGAAGAGGAGCGCAUGACUGAGGCCGAGAAAAACGAACGUGUGCAGAAACAUCUGCUGGCUCUCAGUUCAGAGCUGGCCAAUGCACGUGAUGAAACGAAGAAAACCCAAAACGACAUCAUUCAUGCGGAGAAUGUGCGGGCAGGCCGUGACAAAUACAAGACCCUCCGCCAAAUCCGCUCUGGCAACACCAAACAGCGCAUCGAUGAGUUCGAGUGCAUGUGAUCACCGCGGAAACAGGCCAAACCCACAAACCUGCAGAAAACAACAGGCCUUAAAAUCCCUCAUUCCAACAACCAAGGGAAAACUGAAGCGUUUCAUGAAACAGUUAUAUUACUGUUUGUGAGCAAUGCUGCACAAAAUACCAUACUUCAGUUUCAUUUAUGACUUUUUAUGAUUUACUGCAUCUAUAAUAAGGGAGAUAUUGAUCUGUUUUCACUUUAUGUUAUGUCAGUUACGUAGUUUUUUUUUGUUUCUUAAUGAACGGUUUAAAGAGAAGCUGGCUCAGCUGAACGUUCUGUAGUAAAAAAGAUUGCUCCUAAUCUUGAUUUUUUUUAGAGGGGUGUUUCUGAUACACAGACACAGUGUGUCCAGAUUUCAUUCCAACACACUCCACUGCUCACGCGGCAGACAUUCCCCACGUCCCCAGUCAAGGACAGAAGCACUGAGUGAAACUGAGCGGUGAAAAGAGUGAGCGGUGAAAAGAGUGAGCAGUGAACGUGUUUUAGGGCCAUUACAGUCACAGACUAGCAUUGCUAUCACUGUUUCAGUAGCCACAUAAUAUUCCACCUGUACUUGUUCACCUUUAUUCUGAUCAUCCACAGGUUAGAGAGAGAGGAAGAGAGACUGUGUGUGUGUGUGUGUGUGUGUGUGUGUGUGUGUGUGUGUGUGACACAGACAGAGAGAUCAAACCCCAGUGCUGAUUUUGCAGUCAGUAUUAAGCUGACAUAAAGCAGGUUUGUGUGGUCUUUUAGGCCCUGCCUCCGUACACUUUUACUAUACAAACAAUGGAAGUAUGAAAAAAAUCAAACUGUAUUUUGAACUUUAGAAUUAAUCUUAUUCUAAUUUUGAGCUUUUUUAAGGUGGCAGAAACACCGUCUUUGCAUUUUUAUGCCUCAAACUCUUCUGCAGUAUUAUUUUAUACGACUCUGUUUUAGGGACACACUAUACACGCACCAGCCGCGGAGAGUAAAGUUACUUACGUAUGUUUUCAUUUGCAUAGUGUAUGACCUAGCAACAUACCAUAGACACAAGCCUACUUAGGAAUGUCCUUCCUUCAUAUACCAGUCUGUUGCAAAAGAGAAAUAAUCUUUAAUUUCAUGUGCUGCGUUGGAGCAGUGUGAUACUCAAAAGCUCUGCUCUAAAGGUUUUCAUUUUUCAUUUGGACCAAUAUAAAAAUUAUAUGUAAAAAUGAUCUAUUGUGAUCUGUAAGGAUGAAUUUACCUUUUUGUCAUCUGAGUGAUACGAUUAUUAUUAUUACUAUUAUUAUUAUUUGGAAUUGGAUUUUUGCUGGACUCUUGACAGUGCUUUCUCUUUGAGAUGGAGCAGAGUUAUUUCUCCUGUCUACAAUUCAAAUGUCAAUA